AUGAGACACAAUGCAGGGAAACGUCGCUGCUCUGGAACCUUACCUGACAAUAUAACACCAGAGAAGAGGGCGAAAUAUGACAUAUCCCAGCCAGAAACAGGCUUUUCGACUUCCGAAGUUGAGAACAAAGGCGACUUGAGGAAGAAACGCCUCAGAAAACGAACCAAAGGACUGCGAGAGUUAUUAAAGAACAAGAUUGAGAUCGCUCUGAGGAAAUCAUCUUCACCUUUGAGCCAUUUAUUCACUUCCCAAGAUGAAGCUGGAACACCGCAAGCACCUUUUGUCGAAGUAAUCAAAGAGAUUGGUUUGAAAAAUGAUCAAUGGUUAAAGGCCGCUUCACUACCUGCUAGAACUAUAGAGAGUAUUUCGAAAAUUACGAACAUGUUCUCUAUCGAAAAAAGCCGGGAAAACACAUUGAUGGUAAAGUACCGGCCUACCUCAUUGAACAUCGAGGACUGCACAGUUUAUUUGGUUGGUAUUCUCUAA